AUGCAGACACUAAAAAUCACAGACAUAGAGACUGAAAUUGUUCAGGUAAACCACCGCGGCAAUUGGCUUUUCGUCAAGGUACAUGCUGAUAACGGCACAAUCGGGGUCGGCGAGGCUUCCCACGGUAGGGAUGAUGACCGCGUUCAACAUAUCAUUGAUACCGUCAAACCCGCACUCGUCGGAUGGAAUCCGUUUCAACUGGAGGCAUUUCGCCAACGUUUCUACCGAGACACUGAAAGCCACACUUAUCAUACUGCACUCAGCGGAAUUGAGCAGGCGAUGUGGGACCUGGCAGGCAAGGCGUUAGACGUGCCGAGUUAUCAACUGUUAGGUGGAAAGUGUCGAGAAAAGAUUCGCCUCUACGCGAAUAUCAACCGCGCAACUGUGGAUCGCAGCCCUUCUGGGUUCGCUAACAAUGCCGAGCGCGCCGUUGCCGAAGGAUUUACCGCCAUAAAAUGUGCUCCUUUUGAUGAUGUUUCAGUCGCUAAUAUUUCGCGUGGGAGUCUAACACCCGCUAUUUGUUUAGGCAUUGAUCGCAUCCGCACAAUUCGCGCCGCAAUUGGUGGUGAUAUUGAUCUGAUGGUAGAUUGCCACAGCCGUUUUAACCCGGGCAUUAUCAUCCAAGUCGCAAAAGAACUGGAGGACUUACACCUCUUCUGGAUUGAAGAUGCUGUCUCAUUGGACAAUUUGGAUGCCUUCGCGCAUAUAAGUCGUCUCCAUUGGGAUCCCGAUUGCAACCGGUGA